AGUGUGAACGGUCGACUGUGCAUUCCGGACACCGGCAUAAAACCACCUGUAACCAGAGCGAAAUGUCGAAAAAUUUAAAAUAUUACUACGACUUAAUGUCCCAGCCAUCCCGUGCGCUGUGGAUCUUUUUGGAGAAAACCAAAAUUCCCUACGAAAAGCGUUUGGUGAAUUUGGGCAAGGGCGAACACCUUACCGACGAGUUUAAGGCGAUCAACCGCUUCCAGAAGGUACCGUGUGUCACCGACAGCCAGAUCAAGCUGGCUGAGAGUGUGGCGAUUUUUCGCUAUCUGUGCCGGGAGUAUAAGGUGCCGGAUCAUUGGUACCCGGCCGAUUCCCGGCGCCGGGCCCUCGUGGACGAGUAUCUCGAGUGGCAGCACCAUAACACGCGUGCCCUCUGUGCCACUUACUUCCAGUACAUGUGGUUGCGACCCCGUAUGUUCGGCAGCAAGGUAGAUCCGAAUCGGGCUGAACAGUACCGAAAGCAGAUGGAAAGCUGUCUGGACUUUAUCGAGGGGGAGUUCCUGGGCGGUGGAUCACGCUUUAUCGUGGGGGAUGAGAUUUCAGUGGCCGAUUUGUUGGCGGUGUGUGAAAUCGAACAAUCGAGAAUGGCCGGCUAUGAUCCGUGCGACGGUCGCCCGAAUCUAACGCAAUGGAUGGCAAGGGUACGCGAAUCAACUAAUCCGUUCUACGAUCAAGCGCACAAGUUUGUCAACAAAAUUGCUCAAGAUACGGCCACCAAACACAAACUGUAAUAUUUAACUCCAGCGGACAAAGAUACAACAACCGGAGCCUAAAUACGAUACUAUCAAAAAGGCUGCUAACGUUUCAACAAACAAUUUUAACGCGCAUUAUGUUACAUACAAUGUAAAUUGCUUUAUUUCACAAUAAGUUUAUGGAUCAUUUCGGCAGAUUAUUGAUAUGCGUCGCGUUUUAUUUAUCAGCUUAUCCCGAAACAGGGACUCCUUGGCGGACAGAAUUUCAUGUGUAAACUUGUACCGUGCCGUGUGUCUGGAAAGGAUAUUAUU